CUCCUGGAGCCUGUUUGCCACCAGCUCUUUGAACUUUAUCGUAGUUCUGAAGUUCGGCUUAAGAGAUUCACACUGCAGUUUUUGCCAGAGUUGAUCUGGGUAUAUCUGCGUCUUACUGCCAGCAGGGAUAGGCAGAGUAAUGGCUGCAUUGAAGCAUUGCUGCUUGGCAUUUACAACUUGGAAAUUGCUGACAAAGAUGGAAACAACAAAGUUUUAUCAUUUACCAUCCCUUCAUUAUCUAAACCCUCAAUAUAUCAUGAGCCCUCUACUAUUGGAUCCAUGGCUUUAACGGAAGGAGCUCUAUGUCAGCAUGAUCUCAUCAGGGUAGUGUACAGUGAUCUUCAUCCUCAAAGAGAAACCUUCACAGCACAGAACCGGUUUGAGGUGCUGAGCUUUCUUAUGCUGUGCUACAAUUCUGCUAUUGUUUAUAUGCCUGCCUCUUCUUACCAAUCACUUUGUAGGAUGGGUUCCAGGCUGUGUGUGAGUGGAUUUCCACGGCAGAAUGAGAAACGCUGGAAAGAACACUGUGGUAGAGUGGUGUUAGAUCCUGACUUCAUGGUGCAGCUGCUUACAGGUGUCUAUUAUGCCAUAUAUAAUGGCCAGUGGGAUCUUGGACAGGAGGUAUUGGAGGACAUAAUUUACAGAGCACAGCUUGAACUCUACUCACAGCCUCUGUUGGUUGCAAAUGCCAUGAAGAACUCGCUACCCUUUGAUGCUCCUGAUGCUUCACAAGAAGGCCAGAAGGUACUGAAAGUAGAAGUUACUCCAACAGUGCCGAGGAUUUCUCGGACUGCUAUUACAACAGCUUCUAUCCGUCGUCAUCGCUGGAGGAGAGAAGAUGCUGAAGGUGUAAAUGGAAGGCAGGAAUCUGUGAACCUUAAUGAUGCUGAUGAAGGAUUUUCAUCAGGAGCUUCCCUCAGCAGCCAGCCGGUUGGGACCAAACCUCUAGCAUCUGUAUCCCAGAAGGGCAGCUUAAAGAAAACAGCAAGUGGGCGUUCUGCUAAGGAUAAAGAAACCUCUUCUGCAGCAAAAUCCAAUGAGAGCCCUCGCGAUUCAGUAGCUCGGAAGCAGUACGUGCACCAAUCCACUGACCUUGGUGCAGAUAUAAUUGAGAUGACACCUACUAAGAAACAUCUCAGUCUGCCUGCUGGGCAGGUGGUGCCAAAAGCCAACAGUUUGAGCCUGAUCAGGACCGCCAGUGCUUCCUCCAGUAAAUCGUUUGACUAUGUGAAUGGCAGUCAAGCAGGCUCCAGUGUUGGAGCUGGUACAGAGGGUGUUACCAAUCUGGCAGCUGGCAACACCAAUCGGUUUUCAACUAUCAGCCUACAGGAGGACCGACUAGGCCAAGCUGGGGAAGGUAAAGAUCUCCUUCCCCCAGGAGCUCCCCUAACCAAGCAGUCUCGAUCUCCAAGUUUCAAUAUGCAGCUGAUAUCCCAGGUGUAACUUUGACUCCCUUCCUUAGGACUCCCUCUUUCCCCUUAAUCCCCAGGCAAGUUCAUCCUUAGGCAAAACAUGAACCGUCAUCCCGCAGUGUGAAAAUACUGACUGUUGUGAUCUUGUUUGAUUUGGUUUAGCUAUCAUACUGUAUUACUGAAACAGCAAUAAUUCUUCCCUCACCUUCAUUCCCCCCGCCCCCUUGUAAACAUGGUUGUGAAGCAGUAUAUAAUGUACUGUAUGCCUUUUUCCACGCCUUCCUUUCUCCUUGGGUGAUGUGCAAUCCAUCGUAGGCUGAUCAGUCCCAUUUCAACACUGUGAGACUGGAGACACCGGCGGAAAUGGUGAAUGUGAUCCCUAUGAGAUGAUGCUUUGGCUUUGUUAAGAAACGGGUUUGUUUUCUCGGUCUACAGUACUGCAAAGACUACUGGAUCAUGACUUUUCUCAGAACCAGGAGUGCCUCAGAGAUUCUAGUAUGACUUUGGACCUCUCUGAGUCUGUGCAAUCAGUUCUGGGGAGGGGAUUGUCAUUGCUGCUCCUGGCUGCCUACAGCACUUUUUUCAUUAAAAUGAGGGUAGUUUUUUCUUGCC